UCUUAAGCAUAUCAAUUUAUCCAUCCCCUCCUACAACUCAACCCAUUGCAUUUCUAUCUCCCUAGUCCUUCUGUCAAUAUGCCCAACACUCUUGGUAACGGCGAAUGGCUCAAAGUCGGCGAGAGCCUCUGGAGUGAGAAUGGCGAAACCGAGUUCAAAAUGCAACAGGAUGGCAAGAUCGCGCUUUACGUGAACGCGAGAUGUGAAUGGCAGAAUACAUCCGAGCAGAGGUACGAUGUUAAGGGGCUUCAUAUGCAAGAAGAUGGAAAUCUUGUCCUGUACGAUCAGAACGACAACGCCCUCUGGCACAGCAAUACCGCCCCAAGCAAUGGCCCUGUUAUCCUUGCUGUGCAGAAUGACGGUAACCUUGUUCUUUACAGAGGCGACGCCGUCUGGGCCAGUAACACCGGGCGUUAAUUGCUUCAACAGUACAGUGU